AUGCGCCGCGUCGAUGGAGGUGGAGUAGCUGGUAGUGGUGUGUGUUGGUCGGUGCCGCCGCUGCCGCUGCCGCCGCCGCUGAUGCAGCCGCCAGCGGAACGCCGACGCCUACCGGCGAUUCGCCUCCUCUUUCGACGACGUCUACUUUUUGAGACGUGCGCAGCGUCGAUUCGUUCGUGCGGUGACAGCUUCGAAUCGCGUCGGCGUGUGGUCGUCCACCACCACAACGAGCCUUCGUCGUGUUCGGUCGUCGCAAACCUCGCCGUUUUCCUCGUUGUCGCUACCGUCGUGAAUAUUGACACCAGUGUUGUCGAUAGUGAUGAGCGCUAUCGCAGCUCUCUGGGCGCAAUGUGCUCGCAGCACCAGUCCGUUAUUCGACCUUAA